CUCCACACUGCUUGCUUUGGCCGCCAACUCGAUCGCCAAACCCCUCAGCUUCUUCGCCUUCCACUCCACUUCACCGGAGUUCCCGCUUCCGAGCACAAACCAAGGAUUGCCUGCUGCUGCUGCUGCUUUCUGACGGUGAGAAGCCAAGAAAGAGGCGGGCCAUUUCGCCGGAGGAGUUUCGAGGUCGUUGUGGCUUCUAACAUGAACACGCCCAACUCGUGGCUGUUCGCAGACAACUCCAAGUACAGCACCCGGGCGCGGCUGCUGUUCAUGGGGCUUUCCUUCACCAUCGGCAUCCUCUCCUUCCUCGUCUACCUCGCCAUCUGGUACACCUGCACCCGCCGCCGCCGGAGCCGCCAGCUGCGCGGUGGCGGCGUCGCGUCCGCGGAAGAGGCGCCCGCGUCGAACAGCAACGGCAUGAGCGCCGCCGCGAUCGCCGCGCUCCCGACGUUCGCGUACGAAGCCCCGGCGCCGGCGCCGCCAACGCCGGUGGACUGCGCGGUGUGCCUCGGGCAGGUGGACACCGGCGAGAAGGUGCGGCAGCUGCCCAAGUGCGAGCACCUGUUCCACGCCGAGUGCGUCGACGCCUGGCUGCGCGCGCACUCCACGUGCCCCAUGUGCCGCGCCGCCGUCGAAGGCCCCGCCGCGGCUGCCACCGCCAAGAAGGCCAGCUCCGGCGCCACCGACACGCCGCCGGCCGCGGCAGAGGCACUGCCACUUCCACCUGUCUAGCGCGCGCCGGCGCCGUGCCUCCGGAUGCACCGCCGCCUCGGGAACCGUCAACGCAUGAUUGAGGGAAUAUACAGUGACUCGAGUGAGAGACCUAGCUAGGAUCGAUGUAGAGAGGAGGCAGCUUAAUCUGUUAAUCAACUGAGAUUUUAUUGGUUCGUGCGUGUACGUACGUACGUGUACAGAGAGAUUAUAGUGUAGUACUGCUACUAGUAGUAUAUGACAACAAAAUUCCGGCUCUUCCCACGCACCAACCUUGCUGAGCUGCGCUGAAUUUCGCUUCAACGAAUGGGCUGGAUCUAGCAGCAGUCGUGUCCUCG